ACAACCUCUCAGGUUUACCGUCCAUUUUAUCCUCUAGUUGUAGACGCAAAUUGGCGACUGGCACUGAUUGGUUUCAAGGCGUCUCAAAACGAGGCAGUAAGUAGGAAUGAGGCGCAUCUAAGAGUCGACUCGAGACAAGAGCAUCAGGGCUAGCUUCGCACCCUUCGCCGCAUUCACAGUCGCAUUCGCAGUCGCUUUCAAUGUCGCAUUCCAUGUCGCAUUCGCAGUCGGAUGCCCGGUCGCACGAGCUCCCUCUCACUGAGCGACCAAAUGAGAUGUCCACGGCGAUAGACGUGGCGUCGCCGGACGAAAUCGUGCGAAUCUUCCGCGCGUGCGACGCGCAGCUUUUUUCGGGAUACGCGGGUUACCCGGGCCUGAUGGACAAAGAGACCAUCCGGGUGGUGGACCAGCUCACCGCAGUGGCAGCUGAGAUCGUCUCCUUCUCCAAGGAUAGUGCGGUGGUGGUGUCAGGUGCCGGCACAAGCGGCAGAAUAGCGUUUCAGGUGGUUCUCUGUUUCAACGCUGUGCUCAGGAGAUACGGCCUGCCGCCCUGCUUCCACUUCCUCAUCGCUGGAGGGCUGCCAGCCCUGCUCAAGGCGCAGGAAGGGGCGGAGGACAACCAGGAGGCAGCAGUAAAAGCACUGCGUCGAGUGGAAGCACAGGGGAAUCCGUGGGGCAAGCCAUGUGGGAGAGUGCUCUAUAUUGGCAUCAGCUGUGGCCUCAGCGCUCCCUAUGUGGCCGCACAAGUCAAAUACGCCCUCGCUCAGCCGCACUAUGCCGUUGGUGUCAUGGGCUUCAAUCUUCCCCGUUUGGCUCCAAACACAAAGGGCGCUCAAGGGGUGUCCUUCCCGUCUGUCCUUAAAGAGCUGACGGCACGUAUCGAUGCUGCUGAAUCAGAAGGCACUGCUCCAAGGCACUUCAUCCUCGCGCCUGUCGUGGGCCCGGAGACGAUAACAGGGUCCACCAGGCUCAAGGGCGGCACUGCCACGAAAAUUCUCCUGGAGACCAUCUUCAGUCGCGCCAUUGCCAAAGUGCUCCGGCUGCCUGCUCUUGGAAGCUAUGCAGGAGUCCCUCUCUUGCUCAUCAACCCUCCACCGGAGCUCACUCCCAAGGCUACCACGGCGGUUCGGCGGGCGGCUCGGGUGGGCUGGGGCCGAACUGAAGCUGCCCCGGCGGCUCGUUACAGCGAUGUGAUGGCAGCUUAUGAGGGGGCAAUGAGGGGGGUUUACCAACAACUACCCGGAAUUGUGUCUCUCACUUGCCUCUUCCAUCGCUCCAUCAGCAGCGGUGGAAGGGUCAUGUACAUUGGGGAUCACUCGCUUGGCCUCGUGGGACUCAUAGAUGCCUCGGAGCAAGUCCCCACCUUCGGAGCAAGGCCAGGCUCAUUCCAGGCCUUUCUCACUACCACGUGGCACCGCCUGAUUCGUCCGUUGAACCAGCAUACAGUUGACCCCUUGGGUUCACCUGCUCCUAGCAGCAGUGGUGCAGGAGGGAAUAGCAGCAGUGGUACAAGAAGAAGAGAUGGCAGAAGUGCUGUUGGGAAAAGUAGUGGCAAAAAGAGUGGCAGUGCUGGUGGAAACAGUGAUGGCAGCAGCAGCAGCAGUAAGGCAGGAGUUAGCAAAGGCCAAAGCAAGAAAAGCAGCAGAGGAAGGAGCAGCAGGGGCAGUGACACGAGCACUAGCAGUGGCAGUAGAACCAGCUCGUGGUUCUUUCCCUUCAGUGCUCCUGCUGCUGCUGCUGUGCACCCAUCCCGCUCUGUGUCUCGCCAACCUACGCCAGAACCGUUAAGAUGUAUCAGCACAGAUUACUUCAUGGAAGAGAUUCUCCCCACCACAAGCGCCAACGACACUGUACUCUUGUUAGAGUCACACGUGCUACAGCCACAGCUGUUUCCUCUCCCCCUCCUCACUGCCCUACACUUAAGAGCCAAGCAGGGGUUGCUGUCCCUCGCUUUGCUAAGUGUGAGUGUGGCAAAUCACGACCGGCUCUUAGUGGUGUAUGACGACGAAGAUGGAAUGGAGGAGGGGGAGGAGCGGGAGGAAGAGGAGGAGGAAGAGAGUGAGGAGGAGGAGCAGGAGGAGGGGGGAGAGGAGGAUGAGGAGGAGGAGGGUGGAGAGGAGGAUGAGGAGGGAGAGGAGGGGAGAGAGCAGGAGGAGGAGGGGGAGAGAGAGGAGUCUGAAGAAGAGGAGAAGGAUGAAGCGGUGGAAGGAAGUAGUGAUUCAGGAGUGCUUGUGGGACGGGAAUCAGGAGAAGAGGGUGGAGAGAAUGAGGCGAGAGAGGACGAGGAGGAACGUGAGGAGGAGAGUGAGUGGGAGUCAGUGGAUGAGGAAGAAACGGAGGCGCUACUAGACACUAGUGUCAAAGAAUGCGAAGCCAGAGGGCGGCAGAAUCUGCAUGGCAGCGUUACAGCGGAGCAAAAAGAAGCAGAAGCAGCAGAAGCAGCAGCAGGAGCUGCGGCAGAAGGAGCUGCAGCAGCAGCAGCUGGAGCAGCAGCAGCAGCAGGAGCAGAAGCAGCAGCAGGAGCAGCAGCAGCAGUCAGGAGGCGACGACCUAAGCCCAUGGGCUCUGCAUCCUCCCUCUUCUCAGACCUCCCAUUCGCCUCCUCAUUCUCCUCGUUUUCCUCCUCCACCUCCUCCCACUCUCCCUCCUCCCACCCCACCACUCCCACUUUCCUCCGUGUCUCCAUCUCCCUCCCCCCUCCCUCCGCCGCCCCUCUCCUCCCCCGCACCGACCUCUUCUCACAACUAGCUGUGAAGCUGGCACUUAACAUCGCUAGUAGUGGGGCCCACGUGCUUCUAGGCAAGGUGUACGGUAACCGCAUGGUGGACCUUAGAGUGAGUAAUGAGAAACUCUUUAAGAGAGCGGUGAGGGUUGUGGGGGAGCUGGCGGGGGUAGGGGAGGAGGAGGCGGAGAGAUGUGUGAGGAGAGCGAUAAACGUUGCGAAAAGAGAGGAGGAAAUGGAGGGGAGGGAGGAGGGAAGGGGGGAGAGAAGAGGGGAGAGAGGUAGGAGGGUGGUGAAGGGUGGAGCGGCAGUGCCAGGGUCACGAACACAGGCAGCACAAGCAAGGGCUGACAGGGAAGGGCAAGAGGUUGAGCAGGUGAGGGAUAUAGAGGGUGAAGGCCUGGAGAGGAGAACAGUUGAGGAGAUGGUAAAGAUUGGGGCGAAGUGUGAGAGAGUAGUGCCCACUGCAAUAUUGCUGGCGGCCGGGUGCUUUGGUGAUGAGGAGAGCGCUAGAGAAGCAGCGUUAGGCAACAGAAGUGUGCGGAUGCUUGUGGCCGAUGCUUUGAAGGAGAAAAUGUAACGUGCUGAAACUAUUUAUUACCAACUAUUAUUGCACGGAGUUUGUGAGUCUUUC